UCUCUCUCUCUCUCUCUCUCCCCCCCUUCUUCUCGCUUUCUCUAUCUCUCUCUCCCGCUGCUUCCUUUGUUUAGUGUUGCCUGUGUUGUGCCCGAAAGUAGUGUUGUAGAUUUUAUUGCGCUGUGCCCGUAAUCAUUGAGUGACCGCCCUGUGCGUGUGUUGCCGCGUCAGGAAAGGAGUGUUGCGUCUCCAGGAGGGUCUUCCCCUUCCGAGUGACGUCCGCGCUUGCUUCCUUCGUCAGGCACCUCCCGCCUCACGCCUUGCUUCCUCCCGUCUCCCAGAGUCUACACACCUGCACUCUUGAGGCUGCUGGCGAGAGGAACUGCCGUCCCAAGCCCUCCACCAUGGCCGCCGCUCCGAAAGUUUGCGUCCGUCGCAUUAAGCUUAUCUGUCUCAUGGAGAACGCAGGCAAGGACGUCUUGACCUUCGUGUUGAGGCGCGGCGCGCUGAACGCCCCCGCCACGCCGCCGGGCCAGUCCCUCACUGACUAUCUUGACAACCUCCCUCAAGGCUCGACAGCCAACUAUGGGAGAAUGAGUAACAAACAAAAAAAAGCAGCAGUGAACCACACCGAUCGCCGCCAAGCACAACGCUUCCCUUUAUGGGACAAUUUUGAUUUGACUUUGCUCUGCAAAGCAAUAAAGCUGACGUGCGAAGGCGUGGCGAGAGAUGGCGAUCCCGAAUGGCGGAACCAGAACUCCCUGGAGGGAUUGGUAACGAAAAUCAAGGAUGAGAGGAAUGAACUCUUUCAUGAAGUGAAAUCUUUCAGCGAGGCAGAGUACCAGCACAAAGUCAACGAGUUAGAACACCUCUUUAUCCGAGUCCUCGCCGCAGCCAAGACCAAAUACUGCAUUCCUGACGCAGAGGUGACACCCGUGCAGGACAACGCCCGGCAGGUCACUGAUACCUUCAGAAAAACAGGAAUGGAGAAAGAAAUUUUAAAAGAUUAUUUCAGUAUCAUGCACCAAGAAUUUAUGAGAGACAGUCACACCCACCUCAAAACAUCCUAUGAUCGAGUGCAAACCUUUGAUCCUCUGUCCUUCCUUACCGACUCACCAAACCACUGCCAUCACAUCCAGGACAUUUUCUGCAAGAUGUCCCUCGUGGAAGGAAGAGGACACCUUCAACAGAGGCGAGACAUCGACACUUGCGACGUGCUGACGGUGACGCGCCGCGCGGGACAGAAUCCACAGCCGUCCACAUCCUCAUCGGCCACGCCGCCCACGCACGGCGCCAAGCCACAGCUCAUCCUGAUCAGGGGCGUGGCAGGAAGCGGCAAAACGACCCUGCUCACCUUCCUUGUCUCAGAGUGGCUUCAGGAGCCCGGCGCCUGCACCAUCAAACACCUGGACGAGUACGACAUCGUGGUGCGUGUCUUGUGCCGCGAUGUCUUGUGCCCAUCUCUCCAGAACUUCCUCAAAGUGAUCCUCCCAAACCAUUUUGCUGUGAUGGACGAACACCUCAUCCCCCUCCUACAACAAAGCAAGGUUCUCUUCCUGAUUGACGGCCUGGACGAACUGUCGCCAGGCACUCCUUCACACAGCCUUGUGAAGGACAUCCUCAACAUCUCGAAAUACUCGCCAGGCUUCACACUCGUCUGCACAUCGCGGCCCGAAACAGUGCAAGACUUCCUGGCCAAAUUACCUGAUGGUUAUGAGGUGUGGGACAUGGAGAUGAAAGGUGUUAGCCAUGAACAAAGAAUUCAUUUUGUCAUGAAGCAUUACAACAGCUUCCCAGACAAGGGGAACAAAGACCCUGAGAGGCUUGAGUACCUCAUGAAACACAUUGGCUGGAAGGAUUAUCUCGGCCUGCCAUUAAAUUUAUUGUUCGUGGCAACACUUUUCUACAUCGAUCAAGACAAGAUCAAAAUCACCACCACCCAGACCAGCCUGUACGUCACCAUAAGAGAUUGGUGCAUAGAAAAACUGCAGGCCAGACUCACAGAUCAUCCACGAGACACAAAGACCCGCGAGGUCCUCAUCUCUAUGGUUCUACAAGAUAUAUACGACAUGUCAUUGCAAGCUCUUCUACAAGACCGACUGACUCUGUCAAAACAGGAAGAGCAGAAGCUGAUUUGUUGCUGCCUUGGAAAAGGAUUACCCAGCAAGGAAGUCAUCCCAGCGUUUUUCAAUCUUCAAGACACCAGUGACAGGCUGGGGCACCAUCAGAAGUACGCAGCCCCACACAAGAGCCUACAGGAAUUCUACGGUGCAUCAGCAAUCGUCCACAAGCUGGUGGAGGACUCACACUCAGCAAACAUACGACGCAUGCUUCACGACCCGCCGCCAGAACAGCUCCGGAACUUAAGGAACCUGCUGCUACACGUGGCAGGUCUCCUCUGCCACCCUAACACACCACCUCGUGCUGCAGCCAUACAAGUAAGUUGACUAUUCAUCCUCUUUUCCUCAUA